AUGGGCGGGUCCACCUCUGCCUACUGGAUCAUGAGUGGAACUUACCGCAUGGUGUCGGAGGAGGAGCAGGCGCUCAGGGCCAAGCUGGAGCAUCUCACCAUCAAGGACCAUGGCCCCGUGUUUGGAUCCUGYGCCAACCUGCCAGACCACACCAGGCAGAAGGCCAAAGAUGAACUGAACGAGACGGAUGAGAAGCGCGUGUCGGCAGCGAAGGAGCUUCGAGCCAUCAUUAAGGAGAAGGCGGAGGCCGGAGAUGACCUGGCCAAGGGGGUGCAGGACACCUUUGGGGAGAAACCAGACAGUCUGCUGGUCCGCUUUAUCCGCGCCAGGAAGUACGACGUGCCCAGAGCCUUUGACCUCAUGAAGGGAUAUGUCCGCUUCAGGAAGGAUUACCCCGAGCUGUUUGAGAACCUGACCCCGGAGGCUGUGCGCAGCACCAUCGAGGCCGGCUACCCCGGCAUCCUCCACAGCAGAGACAAAUACGGACGCGUGGUUCUGCUCUUCAACAUCGAGAACUGGGACUACGAGGAGAUCACCUUUGACGAGAUUCUGCGGGCCUACUGCGUGAUCCUCGAGAAGCUGCUGGAGAACGAGGAGACUCAGAUCAACGGCUUCUGCAUCAUUGAAAACUUCAAGGGCUUCACCAUGCAGCAAGCAUCAGGCAUCAAACCCACCGAGCUCAAGAAGAUGGUGGACAUGUUGCAGGACUCCUUCCCAGCCCGUUUCAAGGCCGUGCACUUCAUCCACCAGCCCUGGUACUUCACCACCACCUACAACGUGGUGAAACCCCUCAUGAAGAGCAAGCUGCUAGAGAGAGUGUUCGUCCACGGAGACGAGCUGGAAAACUACUACAAGGAGUUUGACCCCGAAAUUCUUCCGUCCGAGUUUGACGGAAAAGGUUCCAAGUACGACGGCAAGGCCACGGCGAACAAGCUGUUCGACUAGUCAUCGUAGAAACCCGUCUGUCGCCCAACAGUCUGACAGCUGUAAUGCAGUGAAAAAAAAUGUAACAGAAUAAUCCAGCUGUGUGGAUGUAGGAAGAGUAGUUAUGAAUGAAACAUAGGAGAGCGUGUGAAAGGCUGAAGAAGAGUCCGUUUUCCAGAUGUUCUGACAAAACCCAGUCCUUAGCUUUCUACAGUCUCUAACUCAUGAGYUUUGAACAGAAAUUACAAAUGGUUUUGUAAUUUAACAAACCUUUUACCCAAAACAGAGAGAAGUUUAAAUUCACACAGAAACCUGAUUGGAAAAUGAAUAUUUCUUUCUGCAUUAAAAGAGAAAAUGUUGUCCACUUCCCACUGAUUUCCCACCACAACAUCUUAGAAGCUGAAAAAGAAAAUCCCAUCAGGGAUGAUGUUUCAAACGCCAUCGUUACGACUGAAUCGCCGUGGCAACUGGGUAUAUUUUAAACAGAUUUCAGAAGUUUUAAAGUUGUUUUACACACCAGAUGAGACUCAAAGUAUGACAUGUCUGUCAUUUCUUUCUUUACAUUCACUUUCAGAAUAAAAGUUUUCACCUGACGCACCACCCUGUGCACCAGCAACAAUGUCAAUAAAUGUACAAUAAACUGUAUAUAAAUAUAA